UUAUCCAUAAAAUGUCCAUCAUUUCUUCCCUUUUUCUUUUUGUCUUUUUUCUUUAUACUUUUCUUUUUUUUCCUCUCUUUUCUUUAAACUUGAUCUAUUUCAUUACAUGUCGUCUACUACUGGAACUUUAUACGUAUACGGAGAUUCUUAUUCCGAUACUACCAAUACUAAUCGUAAAACCAAUGGACCUGUAUGGAGUGAAGUAGUUGCGAAAGGUUGGGGUUUACAAUUACAAAGUUAUGCUACCUUAGGAAGUCGAACUUGUCGUGCUUCUGAUAUUAACUCUCCUUCUAUUGCUGGUCAAGUUGAACAAUAUCGAAGAAGCAAAACACUAGAAGAACAAACUCAAAAGGAUGUUCAUGCUUUUUUUAUUGGUAUCACUGAUAUUACCAAUUCUACUAAAUAUGAAGCAAAUAAUCUUGUAGGAUGUAUCGUACAGCAAAUUUCUAAUCUUCGACAAAGUGAUUCCAAAGCUCAAGUACUAUUGUUAGGUAUUCCACCACUUGAAUAUUCUCCAUUUUACUCCAAUAGUUCUAAAGUGAACCAAAUCAAAGAUCGGGUGAAUCAAUAUAAUUCUGGUUUAGAAGAUAUUGUGACGGAUAUGACUAAUGAUAUGGAUUCUAUUUCCUUCAUUGAUAAUAACUUUUUAUUCGCUGAUAUUUUGGGAAAUCCUGCUGGUUAUGGAAUUGAAGAUGUGGACAAUGCUUAUUGGAAUCAAUGUCAAGGUAGAUGUGAUGAUUCAAUGGAUAAAUAUCUUUGGUGGGACUCGAUUCAUCUGACAGGUGCUGGUCACAAGGCUAUUGCGGAUACUAUUAUUACUAAGAAUCCAUUUGGUUAUUCCAUUAUUAAAGAUGCUUCUUCUUCUUGGAAUGAUGAUACUUCUAAUAUUGACACUGAAGGUUCAUUUGCUUCUUCUGGUGAUUACAUGCGUUAUGCCCCUUGGUUCCUGCUCUUUUGUGUAUUUGUCCUUGUUAUUGUGAUGAUGCGUCCCAAACAUAGUCUUCACUUAGUCAUGCGUUCUGUAUGGAAGCGUCGCAAGGCUCAUGCAUAUACACCCGUCCCUGUAUAAUACUUUUUUUCUUUUUCUUUUUAGAUCUACUUCUUUAUAUACAAUUAUUCUUUUACAUUUUGUUUUAUAUUAUCAUUUUAUUCCCUAUUCUUUUUUCUAUUUUUUUUUUUUUGCCUUAUUAUAUGUCAUCCAUCAUUAUAAAUAUGAUCAUCACGAAUUAUCUUUCUUUUUUUUCAUUCUCACAAAAUAAAAUAUGAAAAAGCUGAUUCUCUCUCGCUCUCUUUUGUUAUUACAGAAUUGUGUGUUAUUGUCCUUAUUUCAGGGGGAUAUUAGGGAUUAUCAUUACCUCCGUUUGGUCACCCAAUUAGGCAACGCACGAAGCGUAAAAAACGUAUCCUUUUAGGGCGCUUAUGUUAUUGUUUGUCCCACCUUCUGGAUAUGCACUUGGCAUAUACAUAUUGUUACUCAUCUUGCUGAUAAACUGGUUUUCUGCCGUUUACAGAUAAUAAUAAUUAUUGCCAACAUUGAUGAUCGUCAAGGAUCUUAUUAAAAGACCG